CAGAAGUGUCCGCCGUCCGGCAUUUUGCCGAUGAUUACGAGUGGAUCGGUAACUAUCGGUAAUCGCUGCUUAACUUGUUAACGGUCCAAUAUGUCGUCUGUAUCGAUGACUGAUGUUGCUCCGCCACCACCUACUCGUCCACGUCGUCCAACGCGGUCUGCUCCACCCCCUCCAGAGUUACCUGAUGUCGAUAUUCCUCGAGCUUCGUCUCCCGAGAUCCAGCCAGAACAGCAAUCCUCGAAACCACAGCCCUCCAACGAAAUUCUUACUCCUCUUCGCGCGCAUUAUCUGAAGAAAUCCCUCAUUCAGCUCGAAUUCGAGCGUGAAAUUGAUGAUAUCACGACUUCAGCACCAAAUAAUGUCUCUACAUUCUCAUAUCUAGGUCCUCCGUUCAAUCCCCCUCCUAAGGAAGCGCCACCAAUCGAUCUACCGUUCCUCAGAUUCAUGUUUCGCCAAUUUGUCCUCACCUUUCCCUUCAUGGCAUCUGCCCCAAGUAACUUUUACUCCGAAAAAUUGCAACCAUUCCUCGGAGCACUGUUCUCCCGCAAUCUCACCGCUACAUCUGUCUUCGAUGACAACCAUGAGGGUGACAGUUCAACAACUUCGAUGAACGCUGUUGCGCGUCUGCAGCGGAAUUUUUCGUUAUUUUUUGGAGCAGCUACGAAAGUCAUUGAACCUGAAGAGGUUGUGCGUCUCAAUCAAUCAGAUCUCGAUCACUUAGAGGCUUUAGCGAAGAAGCGAGAAGCUCGUAACUUAAAGCAUAGAGAUAUUUUCGAAGUCAAUAUCGUCAGUGUCAGAACAGUGAUCGACAAGGGCAGAGUACGAAGUAGAGCUCAUGAGGAAUUCAUUAUUCGAACGCGCAGGUCGAAGAACCCAGAUUGGUUUGUGUCGAGAAGAUACGGAGACUUCAGAACUCUUGCAAACGAAUUGCGGAAAGCACAUCCUCAAGAAGACAUCAGCCCUCCUCCGGCGAAGGACCGGACAGUGGUUAAUGCACCGUCAUCAACAUCACCAAUGAAUGCCAUGUUCCCGCCGAGCGCCUCACCGUCAUGGGAUGCAAAUCCAGAUACAUCACAGUCUUACCAAAGUUCAAACCCCUCUCGACUAGCUAGGGAGAAAAAUCGCCUUACUUUGAGGGCGUAUAUACAUUCCUUGUUAUCGUCGCCCACCAUCGCAUCUUCCCCAGUCUUGAGAUCUUUCCUUCUGUCAGGCCCGACAACUCUAAGUCAGGAAGAGUUAGAAGACGCACAAUGGCGCGAGGAGGCAGACAGGAUGAGAGAGGAAGGGCGGAAGAAGUUUGCGCGGGAAAUCGCCUCUCGUGUUGAGAGUCUGCGAGGUGCAGUCAAAGAUAUGAAGGGUGACAUUAUGGGUCAAGAUGGGCUCACCCAUGUCUUUGCUAUCAUCAAAAAGACCCCAAAUGUGCGCGACCUCCCACCCAAUUUCCGCGCUGUUCUUGAAUGGGCUCGAGUAUCACUGGCUUCCACCGUGUUUCAACAGCUAGUCGCUUCAGAUAACUCUUCACAAACGUUCGCAAGUUUGAAACGUCUCCAUGGGUUAAUGCCGUAUUUCAUGAUGAAAGCGGCUUUAAAGAUCAGCAACCCAAUGGGAAUGAUUCGAAGUAUGCUAGAUCUGUUUCUGGCACAACCUUUUGGAGGAAAAAGCCUCGCACAAAGGAUGUUCACGGGAUCCUUGUUUGAGGAAGUCAAGGAGCUUGAAGACGAAAUACAAGCCGUUAAAACUAAGGUUGACGAUCCCGUGAUGUGCGAGAAGAUCAAGAAUUUUGUCAAUGCUCCCAAAGAAAUUCAAGACGCUUUAAAGGCUGAUGCAGUUGCUGAGAAUCAAAAUCUUCUCAGUAUUGUUCUUCGCUCGGGAGAGGAGCCGGUACUCUCAAGAGCCCAACUCCAUAGAGUGGCCAAGGCAAGUCGGGCGCACGCGAUCUAUUUAAAGCACCGGGAGACUUUGGCUGAUUCGGAUGAUGAUGACGGGCCGCAAGACGACGACUCUUGGUUGUAUGAAGACUUAAAGGUGCUAGGGCAAUUGUACUCGCGCUUGAAGGACAGAGAGCAGUUGAUCGAUCUGGUAUUCGAAGGAUUCACGUCCGAACUACUGAAAGAUAUCAUAACGAUAUUCUAUUCUCCCCUAGCGCAGGUCUACCGUGCAGCUAGUAUAGCGGAUUCCAUCGGGGAUCUUCAGGUUUUUAUCAGUGAUCUCAUCAAAACUGUGGAACAGUGCGAGGAUUUGACUCAAGAAGACCCGAAUCGAACUGUACAAUCUUUCGUCGACCUCAUCCAACGACACGAGCAAUCCUUUUACAGUUUUGUUCACAAAGUGCAUUCAAAGGGCGAGGGCUUGUUCGAUAGUCUGAUGCGCUGGAUUGAGCUGUUCCUCACAUUCAUGCGUGAGGGGCUUGGUCCACCAAUCAGCCUAGAAUUCCUCCUUCCCCACAUGGGCCUCGAAAGAACAGAAAUUCUGGCAGAAGUGGACAAAGUAGCGCUGUAUCACUACAAGUUAAAGUUGCUGUACGAAAACAAGGUUAGACGACGGUUUGGUCGAACCCAGGCGCAAGGCGACGCAGACGCAGAAGACCAAGUGACGAAAGCCUUGGUAGAUGGUGUAGUGGGAGAAAUCAGCUUUGGUGAUCUCGUGCAAGGCGCCGCGGAUGACAUGGCUGCUGAAGACGCAGAAGAAGAUAGUGAAGAUGAGGAUGAGGACGAAUCAUCAACAGAAUACGAGACUGAUUCAGAAUCGGGCUCUGAUGUCAGCGAAGAGAGUAAUGAACCGCCGCCACCUCCACCCCCAAAGGCAGUGGAUCUGCGCCGUUCGCGUACUGCCGUGAGCCAGACACCGCCUCCACCACGCCCCAUGAAUGCAAGGUCCGGAAGCCGACCACCAGAUAUACGGCGGUCGCGUCAAGAAUCCUCUUCUUUGAAAUCCUCUCGUUCAAUGACCUCGAUGGACUAUCAACGACAACGUGGUCAUGCUCCGCCUGUUCCACCGCUGCCAAGAAAUGCACAUCUUGUCGCCCUUUCCAAACCCUUGCCACCUAGUCCUGCACCAUCUUCCGAAAGAUUUGGAAGUCCUUCUAGAGCUUCUGUAGAAUCUAAACCUCAUCCGGAGAAAACAAAGAAAAGCAGGCCAAAAGGCAAACAAAUAAUAAAACCACCAGAGCUGACCCGUAUACCUACUUUAUUGCCAAUAUUUAGAGAAAUGAUACGGCCACUUCUCCGCCCAAGACAGAGAACACAUACCUCUAAUACACCCACCCCGAAUCCAUGAUGCUUGUUCCGAUGAUUUAAUGAUAUUCCUGAAAUAUUGAAAGCAGCGACCAAUCCCUCGAUGUCGCAAAGAGACUUUGAUUCUGUAUCCGUUAAUGUUCUGCUCAGUGCGCAAUUGUUGUACUAUACCUACACGCUGUAUAAUCAGAGUAGUGACGUGCCCGGCGCUAUCCCGUUUUCAGUACUUAUUGUUGGCGCUUAGUGGUGAAUCAAU